ACCAGAAUAAAGUCCAGGGGAGUUGGUCGAGGACUGGGUUGCACAGCGCCAUGGACCACUAUCCCGCUGCUGCAUAUGGAUAAACCUCGCACAUGUAUGCCACAUGUAUGCCACAUGCGGCCUUUCCUUUCAUGCUGUAGUCUUGCCUGCUAACCAAAGAUGAGGAUGGGGUGCUGGAAAAACAAACCCAAUUGCUCUUGAAACAGUUGGGGCUCUCGAACCUCAUUCAUCCCAUGGAAGCACCGGUCGCGAUCGUCCAUCGAGUCAUUGCCAUCCCCGAACUGGCCGCCAAUGUUUUUCAAUUCUUGUGGUCCUCGCAGAUCCACAGGCUCCGGCUAGUCUCCAAGUUCUUCAACGACGCCUGUCUCCCUUUGGUCUCCUUGGCACUCAAAACCAAUGAAUUCUCGGAUAAUCAGGAUGUCCAACUACUUGUCCAAACCCCCAGCAGCAGAAACCUCAUAACAUCCUACAAACUGUCGACCUCGUUUCUCAAGAGUCUCGAAAAACUUGGUUUAGCAUCCCCACGGGCGUCGUCCGAGAGCCGAGCCAGUGCAAUUGACAACAACGGCAACAGCGGUAAUAGCGACUACAAGCUCUCGCAAGUCGAUCUUACUUGGCUUGCAUUUUACGAGUCUCUGCCCUGGGUGAGGUCCAUUACAUUCGACGUCCAUGACUUUGCUUUGGAGAAGUUGGAUCACUUUCUGGCGGCAAUUGCGGCUCACACUCCUGGCUUGACGUCAGUAACUAUCGAGAGUAGUCGGACUUUGGGAUUCAAAGCCUUUAUACGCUCACUGGACGCAUGGCCGCGGUUGAAGGCGUUAUCCUUGGAAAUUGAUAUACUGCACGUUGAUAGAGAAGAAGACUACGAGGUACUGGAUCAAAUUUUGAAGGAAUGGAGGGAGCAAGGGAGUAGGAAGUUGUAUCCCAGCGUGCACACGCUUGAAAUAUACAACGCAGACAUCAGUAGCGAUUUUCAGCAGCUGCUACUGUCCUUGUUUCCGAAUAUACGGGACUUUAGGUAUGCUCCCAUUUCAUUACAUUCGGAUGGCUUCAUGGAGCAGGAUACGGCCAAUGACCAGAUUCGAGGCGCUGCAUUGGACGAUCUUAAGGCGAUGAAUGCGAAGAAUACAACAUUGCUGUUUCCGGACUUGAUUCAUCUCAGGGCUAUAGGGGGAAACCUAGACGACUUUGAAGCACUGCGCUGGGUUCUGGGCGAUCGACCAGCCCAUGUUGACGACAAGAGGGGUAUUCGCAUAGGUCAUCAGCUCAGAAGCUUGGAUCUGGUCGCUUUUUAUACUACGGCGGAUGGUCUCAUCCGACUGAGUACUUUGUUCGGAGAAUACGGCGUUUCCUUUAGACAGUUACGGCUCGAUUUGUGGGACAGUCAGGACAUCAAUCUGAAAGGUUUCUUGACCAGUAGCUGUUGCCGAGAGUUGACAGAGUUGAGGUGUACAGCUGACUGUAUUUUUAUGGAGCCCACAGAGGUAUUCGAAUAUGAGGUGCUUGCUCCGGUCGGACAGCGGGAGGAGACACAGCAGGAUGAUCAGCAAGCGAUCCAAACGAUCCAAACGAUCCAAGCGACCCAAGCUGAAGGAUCCGUCAUGACGGCACCAACUGCACUCGUGCCAGAAUAUGAACCUAUUCCCGAGUCAUUGAUCGACAGCUUUGCUUGGACAAGGACCCUGACAACACUGCACCUCGACGAAAGGGCCUGCACCGCUGAAGGGAUGAAGACGGUCACCAAACUGAUUAAGUCGUUGCCAAAGCUUGUCGAGCUCUCAAUGAAUUACGCUCUGAUGGACCUGAUGUUGUUCGAUGGCUUGGGAAAAGACCUGGAGCCAGCGUCGUUGCAGCCAUCGCCGCAGGAAGAGCAAGGAGCUCAGAGGAGGAGCGGCGAGCUAUUUGGCGCGUUGACGGACCUGGGUUCUGAGAGCGACUUGCGGCUACAGGAGGAUUUGAAUCAAGAACGGCCAUUCCUCGAAAAGCUGUCGCUCAGACUCGAUAGCCGGAGCAAGCUGGCUGAGGAGGAAGCAAAAGUCCUGAUCCGACAAAAGUUCCGGUUCAUGGAGGUGCUGGAGGUCACAAAGGAUGGUUCCUUCGGUGAGUUUCCUGACUGGUAGCAUAAUCUAGGAUUAUCGUUCUAUCUGGUGUGUGCCUGGAAUCCUCUGUGCUCAAUUAAACAUCUUUGUCGCGCUGGUUCGUCAGAUCGUCAACCUGCCUACAAGAAGGUCGCA